UGUGAGGAAAGCGGACGGGCUGCGCUCUUCCAGGAGCCUGGAUACUCAGAAGCACCAGCGCGUUCACCUCUCUGGCUCCUCAGCGGUCUCUUCCGGUCACUUCUGUGUUGGUUCGGGGUGUGUGCUCAGGUGAUCGGUGGUCGGUGUUUGUCGGGACUGGAAAAUAAAGGAUGGCGCAUCUCCAAAGAAGCGCGUAGGGAGCACAGGACCUCUCCCCACACUCAAGGUUGGGGCUCAUCCUGCUGCAGAGAGACAUUGACUUGUGGAAAAACACAGAUGAAGAUGGAGUCAUUUAUCCUCCGGAGGGCUGCCCUGAUCUUCCUCGUGCUUCCCUCUCUUCAGCAUUCGGAGAGCGAGUCCCAAACUGCAGUGUUCCUGCCAGAGUUCGCCCUCUCUCCUCAGGGAAGCUUCAUGGAGGAUGCCACAGAAGAUCAAUAUUUAACUUACAGAUACGAUGACCAGCCAUCAAGGACGACCCGCUCAGAUGAAGACAUGGACGUUGGCUGGGAUGCUUGGGGCUCCUGGAGUGACUGCUCUCGAACAUGUGGGGGAGGAGCGUCCUACUCUCUACGACGCUGCCUCAAUGGAGGAAACUGUGAUGGUAAAAAUAUCCGCUACAGAACCUGCAGUAACAUGGACUGCCCUGCAGAGUCAGGUGAUUUCCGGGCCCAGCAGUGUUCAGCCCACAAUGAUAUCAAGUACCAGGGGAUCACCUAUGAGUGGGUCCCAGCACCUUAUGACCCCUCUGCACCAUGUGCGCUGUUGUGUCAGGCUAAAGGCAGGAGUAUCACUGUCGAACUGGCCCCUAAGGUGCUGGAUGGAACACGAUGCCGGGCUGAUGCCUUUGACAUGUGCAUCAGUGGAGCGUGUCAGGAGGUAGGUUGUGAUCGGCAGCUGGCCAGUGGUGCGAGGGAGGAUAACUGUGGCGUUUGUGGUGGUGACGGCUCCACGUGUCAACUGGUUCGAGGGCAAGCCCUACCCCGCCUUACACCAGACCAAACUCUGAAGACAGUGCUGGAGGUGCCAGAGGGAAGCCGCUUCCUCAGACUCACUGCCAAAGGAUCUGAUAUGAUAGUCAUUGAAGCCGUCUCUCUUCAGGGGAAGGAGGAGAUCAGUCUGGCGUCUUCAGGCUCCUAUGUAAUAGGCAAUACAUCCUUGGAUUUCCAAAGAGGGUCCGACAAACAGACACUCAAGACACACGGCCCCCUCAGAGCUGAUUACAUUAUCAAGAUGAAGUAUGGAGGCUCCAAGGUCCCAGUUGUUCAGUUUCUAUUCUACCAACCAAUUAGGUACCAGUGGAGAGAAACUGACUUCUUCCCCUGUUCGCUUACUUGUGGAGGAGGCUAUCAGCUUAACUCUGCAGAGUGCACAGACAUCAGAUCCAACCAAACUGUGGCUGAAGACCACUGUAACAGCUAUUCUGAAAACACCAAACCUACACCAAAACUCAAAGAGUGCAAUAUGGACCCCUGCCCAGACAAUGAUGGAUUCAAAGAGGUGAUGCCAUAUGAUCACUUUCAUCCCCUGCCUCACUGGGAACAGGGCCCUUGGACCCAGUGCUCAGUAUCCUGUGGGGAAGGUGGUGGUUGGCAGGAUCGCAGCGUGAUGUGUGUAGAGGAAGACACACAAGGACAGUUCUCCCAGGUGGAGGAGUGGAAGUGCACUCACUCCCCUCGACCCGUCACCCGACAGAUCUGCAAUACCUUUGCCUGCCCCCAGUGGGUGGCUAUAGAGUGGUCUCAGUGCACAGUGACAUGUGGCCGUGGCCUGCGGUACCGGGUGGUUUUGUGCGUCAACCAUCAUGGGCAGCACAUAGGCGGCUGUGAAACAUCACUGAAACCUCAUGUUAAGGAAGAAUGCUUGGUCCCUAUUGCCUGCCAGAAGACCAGGGAAUCCGUUCCAGUAGAGGCCAAAAUGCCCUGGUUAAAGCAAGCCCAUGAACUGGAAGAACACUACGCCGCUACAGAGAACCCCACAUUUGUACCUGGACCCUGGUCACCCUGCAGUAACACCUGCGGACCUGGCAGACAAACUCGGGAGGUGAAAUGCCAGGUGCUGCUCUCCUUCACCAAGACAGCGGUAGACCUUCCAGAAGAGGAGUGUGGUGAAGACAAGCCCCACCUGGAGAAGUUUUGCAACCAGGGCCCAUGUACUAAGGGCAUCUCUUCAGGCCUCCAAGAUCCCAGUGCUACUUUAAUCGAGACAGAGGAACAGUAUAGCUGGGGUUACGGGGACUUCACACCAUGCUCAGCCGCAUGUGCUUCUGGAAAGCAGAUAGCUGAUGUGAGGUGUGUUAGUCGGAAGCGAGGUGAGGAGGUGGGCGAUUCUUUGUGUGAUUCUUUCAGCAGGCCAUCAGUAAUGAUCCGCAUCUGUAACCCUGACCCAUGUCCUCCACGGUGGGAGAUGACAGCAUGGACAGGUUGUUCUGCAUCCUGUGGUGUUGGAAUACAGACCAGGAGUGUAUUUUGCAUGAGACUCCUCUCUGUUGACCAGCAGGAUAUUGUGACUGUUUCUGAAGACAAGUGCAGCGAUUUCAAACCUGCCAUCCUGCAACCGUGCAACCAGGUGGACUGUCCUCCAGUCUGGGAGACCGAACCUUGGGAGCAGUGUUCCCAGUCCUGUGGUGGAGGGGUCCAAGUGCGCAAGGUGUACUGUAAGCAGCUCCUGUCCACAGGGGCCUAUAGAAGGCUGGAAGAUGAACUCUGUACUGGAGCAAAACCUUCUGCUAACAGACGCUGCAGCAACACCGACUGUCUGCCCUACAUGGCAGGAGGAGAAUGGGGAAAGUGCUCUGUGUCUUGUGGUUUGGGGAUACAACACAGGGAUGCACUGUGUCACCAGUUAACCACCAUGGGCAAUAAGGUGACACUGGACAAGGAGCUAUGCGCAGGUUUGCCCUCCCCACCUCUUGUACGAACCUGCCGCAUGAUGCCUUGCCGCAACCACAAAAAGGAGAUGAGACCAAAAGACACUCGCAAAGUUCUGGGGAAGAACCAAGUCAAGCAGAUGGUGAGACAUCCAGCAAAGGUUCGAGGCUAUAGGAAGGGUGUUAAACAGUGUCCAGUGCUCAUGGGCACGCACAACAUGUACAUUCAGACGCGCAAGGUGCAACGCCUCCACCUGACUGUUGGUGGUCAUGCUUACCUCCUUCCCAACACCUCUCUGGUCAUCAAAUGCCCUGUCAGAAGGUUCCCCAAAGCUUACAUCCACUGGCUUAAAGAUGGAAGCCCAUUGCCGAGCUCCAAACAUGUCCGAGUCACCCAGUCUGGCUCUCUGAAGAUCUACUCUCUGGGGGCACAGGACAUUGGGGUAUACAAGUGUGUGGCCGGACCGGCCUCAGACAUUUUCACCCUGCAACUGAUAGGUACUGACAGCAGGUCAUCUGGCACAAUGUCCCCUGCCAGCCCUACUCCUAAUUGGGAGCCUACCUGCCACACGCACGCCUCAGAGUUGAUGUUUCGUAGGGUCACUGUGUCUCUGCUGCCCAGUGGUGACCAGGAUGCCUAUUUGCAGCCACGGGUGGAGGAAAGGCUGAUUAAUAUCACUCUGCAGGCUGAUAGAAGAGAGAUCCAGCAGACUCAGGCCUCAGAGCUUAUCUCUUCACUGCUAACCCACAUGCCUGCUGACCAGCUCUGGAUCAGAAACACAAAGGGAGGAAGACAAGCUAAAGACAGAUUGCCCAACUGGUCAGAGCACUGGCCAGAGAUGGUGGCCAACAGGCCAGUCAUAACCAGACAGCAGCAGACCCUUCCACUGACUUAUCAGAAGAUCAUCAACAUUAGUAUCGGACACAACGCCCUCUUCACCAAUGCCACUAAAUCACUGAUUAUACUCUGUCCCGCCAAGGGCUUCCCACCUCCCAAAACCAGCUGGACCAAAGAUGGAGCUCCCCUGCAGUACAGUGACAGGGUAUUCUGGGAUAGUGGUGGUCUUCACAUCCUUCAGCUCAGCGUGUCUGAUAUAGGCCAGUACACGUGCAGAGCUGCCAACGCACAUGGCUCAGAUUCAGAGACCUCUCAUCUGCUGCUGCCAGAGCCACCAGCCAUCGUAAUGACAUGGAGAAAUAUUUCCGACCAUGUGGGUAUUUUGGGCCACAACUUGAGGAUCACGGUUGGGGGACAAGUCAGUGUACGUCCUGGAGCCAACCUCACUCUGGAAUGCCCUUCCACUGGUGUUCCUAAGCCCACGGUGAAGUGGCAAAGGAAGAGCAGACCCUUAGAUGCCAGUGCUGUUUCACUGCCAUCAGGCUCACUGUGGAUAAGAAAUGUUUCCCUGGACCACCAAGACACCUACUCCUGCACUGCCACUAACAUCAUAGGGAAGUCCAUUGCUUCUAUUGUGCUCCAGGUCUACGGUGGAGAAAGGAAGUUUCCUCCAGGGUCUCGAGAGCUGAACAGGAGAAGGGUCCUCAUGGCAUCGCACCGUGGGACAAGGGUCUUUAUUAAACCUGGAGACGUUUUGCGUAUAGGUUGCCCAGUGGUUCCUGGCCACAAAUUGCCUGUGCAGUGGGACUACAACAACCAGACCCUGAAGGAGGUAUCACAUCAGGUUCAAAGCCAGGAUUCUGUUCCAGGUCAGGGUCUGCAGUACAAGAUGCUUGUGGGAGGCCGUGUCCUUGAAGUUGGCACGCUCCAGGGGAAAUUUGCAGGCCGGUACAAAUGUCAGACCUCCAUCAACAAUACCAGGCAAAUGUUGUCUGCCUGGAUUUAUGUUCACACUGAAGGGUUUUCCUGGCGUUUUGGGGACUGGACCACUUGCAGUGCUUCGUGUGGGAACCGGGGAACUUGGCUGCGAAGAAUCCGGUGUGUCACUCUGGAUGGAAAGGAUGUUCAGCCAACCAUGUGUCAACACAUACCCAAACCCAUCACCUCCCCAGCGCCCUGUAACAGACAAGACUGCCCUCCCAGAUGGUCUGUGUCAGAGUGGUCGAAAUGCUCGGCCUCGUGUGGUGGUGGCUGGAAACAGAGGCAGGUAUUUUGUCAGCAACUGGAUGCAAGAGGUGUACUGAGGGCUCUGACAGCAGCUGCCUGUGAGAGGAUAAGCCGGCCUACAAACACAGAGCAGUGCUCUGGCAACAACUGUCCUAUCUGGGUGACCAGUCCGUGGGGAAAGUGCUCAGGAAGGUGUUUAGGUCCCACUACCACUGUACAGAAGAGGUCUGUCGUCUGCCAACAUGCUAAUGGAUCCUUCUACACAGACUGUGAUCUCAGGAACAGGCCUGUCUCAGCGCGCAACUGUUCUUCAGACCUUUGUGAUGUGUACUGGCGCCCUGGUGCGUGGCGGAUGUGCACAGUAGUCUGUGGAAGUGGGUUUCAGUCCCGCAGGGUGGACUGUGUUAACCGUAGGAGUGGCAGGACUCUGGCUGACCAGCACUGUGCUUGGUUAAAAAAGCCCUUCACCUGGCAGCACUGCAACACAGCCACAUGUGACAGUGAAUGCAAGGACACCACCCAGUACUGCAGUGUGGUGAAGAGGCUAAAGCUGUGCCAUUUGGAGCCGUACAAAAAUAAAUGCUGUGGGUCCUGUUCGUAGGACAUGGGUGCCACCUAGUGGCCGCGAGGAGCUAUAACCACCUUGUUGUAAAAUACUGUACAUGGACUGGAAGUGGAUAGAGUGAGUCAUCACCUCAGUCACCUCAAAAGGACAUUGUAUGUGAGUGGAUGAUUCGAGAACUGCACACAUGCAAACUGGACAAGCUUCAUUCUGACUCUUUGACUUCCUGAAAGGAAAUUAAAUAGAGGGGCGAAACGAUGGAAUGGCUUUACUUUCUGAUUUGGUCUCAGCAUCUCAAUGUGAAGGCAGGUGUUCACUAUAUGGAUCAGAUACUGAUUUUGGACUUUGCUAAAAAAUAAAAAAAAAUAAUAAUAAAAAAAAAUGAAUAUCUAGUUUCCAGUGGGAUUCAAAACAGGUGGCCUGGCCAUAUAGGAAUAAAUAUGUUUAUGGUAAACUAUGCCCCUCUGGUUUGUCAUGAACACCACUAAACACCACAAUACUGAUGUAUUGGUUUGCCAGUAUUACCUUUUAAUAUUUAUAAGGCAAGUGUCAUCCACCACAGAGAUGAUUAAGGUUCAUCAUAUACACAGGUACAUAAUAACUGAUGGAAAACAUUGUGGUUAUACUUUUGUUUCUUUAUUUCAUCAUUAUUUAUAGUGCUGCUUUUAAGUAUUUCCACCCCUCAGAACUUUCUGCAUUUCUACGUAAAAAUUACUCAAAACAUCAGAAGAUUUUCCAUCCUGCCAAUAAACAAAGACAUCAAAAAAUCAAACAACUGAAAUAGAAAAAAAAGACAUUUAUAUUUUUUCCAUUUCUAAUAUAGAAAAGGAAAUUCCAUUUUAUCAAUGCUUAGAUUUAUUUUUUAGUAGUUGUGAUUAUUACUUCCCAAAGUAAUAGUUUGGCUUUGGGUAUUUCCUGCAGGAGUGAGAUUCUGAAAAGAAAAAGCAAACUUGUGUCUAAUCAACUUGGGAUUUUAGAGGUUAAUAUUACCAGCCUGAAAAUAUUUAAAUUGCACCUUUAUACUAAAUCUGAGUAGUAAAGAAAAAUUACUACAUCUAUUCUGAUCCUAGUAGAAGUAGUUAUAAUCUUAAGCGAAUCUUGAUUAGUUCAAAUAUUUGGUAUUGACACUGGAUUCUCGCUCUUCCUUGGCAUGACAGUGAUCCAUUUUGAAGACAUUGACAAAACAAUAUUACCACAAGACCAGAUUUAGUGUUUUAUGUUUAAAAUGUCUGUAGAUAUUUAAAAUAAAAUACAUCAAAUUUCCAUUCUGACUUUUAUGUCAAAUGUUCAAAUAUUUGUCGUUAUUGUUGUUGUGUUUUAAUGACCUAAUUCUAAGAUACUGGCUUUUGUCGGGUGGUUAGGAAAAGUAUUGUUUAUGACAACUAGAAUAUGUUUGGUCAAGUUUUGUUAGGGAGUGGACCCCAUUCCACUGAGAGAAGCACCAAACCAUGAUGUGUAAGAGGAGACAUGUGUCCUUAGACCCUCUAGAGACCCUUUGACCUCCAAGGUAAAUGUGUUACGGUUGAAUAUCCAGGUCGAGACACUUGGGUUUAAGUAAACCAUUGGGUGAGGGAUUACAAGCCAGUGACAGAAAAGGCAUCAAAAAUGCAGUCAGUCAAGAAUCAACUGUAACAAAGACAGGAAUGGUGUGUCAAAUAAUAAUAUCAUAAAAAUACAUUUUAUUUAUAAUGACCUUUCAUCACAAUAUCUCAAAGGGUAACAGGUUAAAAGCAAAGGGAAGAAAGCUGUUAUCAUUUACAUAUGCUUUUUAAAUGGAUAGAGCUAAUGGAUAAUUACAACCAUUAGCUGAAGUCGAGUGCGACUCACCCAUCACCACUAAUUCACUAAAUUAAGCAUUUAAAAUACAGAAUGUUACUUGCAUUGGCACUGAACUUUAACUGAGCAUAAUUCUUGGGGGAUAUCGCGCUGAUGAACACCACAGAAUUAAGUCUGUUUAAAUGUAUAAUAAUAAUGUCACAUCAUGUAAACACAAAAGCCACCUUUUCGAUCCUUAUGAGGCCAUUCUCUUGUGUAAAGGUAAUGGGUUGUGUUCGUGAUAGCAUGAUUUCAGAGUCAAGUCGACAACUUUCAGCUCAUCGUUGAAACUGAACCUGAGGGUGCACCAGCAGACCAUGUGAUUUGGACUGAGGGGUUUGUUCAUGUUACCUUUGUGCUGGUUAUCAUACUGAUGUGAUGGAUCGUAAAGUGUCUUGUAUAUGCUCCGCUCUAAGUGCAAUAUUGUAUAAUGAGUGUAUGUCGACUGUGUGAGACUUUUAUUUUCUUACUUAUUCAUGAUGAAAUUGUCUUUUUAACUCCUGUUCAAGAUAUCAGACUAUAAUGCAUUUUUACUGUUGACUGGGUGGUAUGUUUGCUACCACGCACUCACCUGGUACACAUGUUUCAAAGUAAUCGCUCAUUUUACAUGGCUGCAUUGUGAAAGACUCCACGUUUCUCCCUGGCUGCUGAUGAAUAUAUAAAAUGUACAAGAUGUGGCAGCAUUACAGUACUUGUGGACAUUUAGCUUGACUGAAAGAACACAUGGUAGCACAAUAAAUCACUAACAUGCUUAAGAUAAUGUUGCAAGGGAAUAAAGAAAUCACCUUAUA